UACGGUUAGUAACACCGUGUCGGCGAUAACCUUCUGUGCUUCAAUAGGUUACCCACAUAAGUGUUUUCGUAUCUUCCAUUGUCUUGCAAAACAAAUUAACAUUCUUAGAUUGCUUGUCUAAUUAAUUGAACCACCAUGUUCGUAGCUAAAAGGAUGCUGUGUCGUGUAUUGAUUUCAUGGGGUUUUAUACUAUGUAGUACAUACAUAAUCGGCGAAGGAAGGCCAAUGAAGCGCCCUGACUUUGUGAGUGACUGGCUGUAUCUCUCAGUACAGACAGGCAAGGACUUGCUUAAGGUUCCUCAUGGCCUUGGGCAGGUGCCCGUAUAAGUACAGGUCCAGGCCACACCUCCUGAUGGACCCAACAAGGAUUUUGUUUUCAAUGGAAUGGGCGAAGUUCCGCGUGACGACAGCAUUUACGAUAAAUAUGGAGCAGUUUCGUACUUGUACGACGAAGAAUUCGUCGUGGUCACAACGAUGUCCAGUGACGAUCAUGAGCCAGGAAAAGCAAUUUUAACUAUGAACAAUUCCGAGUAUAUUGGCCCAAACUCCCAAGCAAGUGACGAUUGUUAUGUUCGUAUUUUCGCAUGGCACUCCACGUCCCUACCGGAACCUGAUUUCCACGUUGGUAAUAUCAGCCUUCAAUCUGGCUGUCAACAUGGAGAAGACUGCCUUGUGGAAGUGAAUCACGACUUUGGAACGUAUCCCAGCCUUGUAGUAGUGCGGACUCGGCUUGAUGACUUCUCCUUGACGAAUCAUUCUUUGAUGUCUGACGCCAUUGGCUCAGGGUUCAUUUUCGCAAAUACCGACGAAGUCGGUCUGCAUCACGGAUUUGUGGUUUAUGGUUUCAACGAGUCGGCAUUCAGAAUUUGGACAGAAUCACAGCGGUAUACUCAGCACUAUAUUUUCUGUGGAAAAGACGGUACAGGGUUUGGUAUUUGUGUGAGUAAUGGAACGCUAGAAAUUCUUGCUUGGAAGGAGUUUACAUUGUCACCAACGGAGAAGAUGGAAAUGCUUCUUGGGGCACAGGCUAAUGAAACAUUUGACCAGGAAAAACUCAUGUCAGCGAAAACAAGUGGACGCGAAUAUUUCGUUCAACUUUGGGCAGUUGCCCGCAGUGGACCCAAUAACAACUUCCGGUUUCUAGCCAGCGGUUCCAUGUCAGGAUAUAGACUCGGCAAAGUAACUCCAUGUACCUAUGGUGGACUCGUAUUCGCAUAUUCAAACACAACGCUCAGACUUUGGAAGCCAAACAGCUUUGCCAAAAGGGCUGCAAUCAUUUGCAUCUCAGACGUUUUUGCAGGCGGUAAAUACUCACAGAGCACGAAUGAUGCGUUUGCGGUUGCCCACGUAUGGAUUACUUUAGACCACACAUUGCACGAGGAAUGCACUACCUCUCGUGAUUGUUGGGAGGCAUUUUCCACAUGCAGAGAUUUAACAUGCCAAUGCGAGGCCGGAUUUACUGAAACACACCAAGACACAAACCAUACGACCACAGGAUGUUAUGUUGACGGAGAAUGUAAUCACGCAAACGAAACUGCUGGCGACUGCAUACGAUGUCAUCUGCCCUUUGACGCAUGUCACUGGCCCGGUGGCCCAGCUCCUAAUACGCACACUACUACAAUAGUCAAUUCAGCCUUGGUUAGACUCUAUAUUAUCAUUGGUGGCUCCGCUGCGGGUUUGCUUACACUGGUGACCAUAGUUACUAUCCUGUGUCUCCGACAGCGAAAGCGCAAGGCAGCCCGUUUAAAUCGUUAUGAGCUGAUGCAGACGUUGUAGUGAUUGACAACCGCCAUUAUCAGACAUGCAACGUCGCUGUUGAUGACAAGCAAAUGCAAGUCGUGAUAAACGCUUGGUUUUGUAAAAUUUCAUGGUACAUAUAUGUACAAACAUUUGCGUGUAUUAACAAAGAUAAUUCACCAGUUUGGAUUUUGAAUAAAUAUAUUUGUAAAUGAACAA